UUCUGCCAUGGAAGCUGUGGCAAUUACUACAGCUGAAGUUGGACUAAGACUUAAGGUGACACCCUCUAGAAUGAAGCUCUAUAAAGAUGAAUUUUAAAGCCAAUCUUCAAUCCAAAGUUGUACUCAUAUGCUUCAGAUGAGAUUCAUUUUGGACUUGUGGGCAGCAGAAAGUGACACAAUCAAUGAAGGAAACGUCACUCAGAAAUCAAGAAGUUCUUUCUGCCAGACAAUAUCCUCUGCUACCUUGCUGAUCACCUCAUUCCUGCUACAGAAACAGACAAUGUGGAGUUGAGUGCUGGCAGUCUGCCUCGAGCCGAGAGCCGAUGUCCCAAGACGAAGUCAUCAAGGAGCCCCACCUGGCAGCACAGCCACGCAGCUCCAUCACCCUGAACCCUGCUGGGGGACAGACCCCAUGGGCAGAGCUCAGCUGGGUGAUGAGGACACCCUCACAGUGGUGCCUACUUGCGGGUGUCUCAGGCCACAUGGUGUGGAGGUCCACUUGAUACUGUCACCCUGCUCAGGAAACCUGCAGACAUCCAAGCCUAGUCAACUUGUGGAUUGGAGCAAAUGGUGGAGCUGUGUGGCGAGCACAGAAACCAGCCUGCAGGUGCCCGUGGCAGCACCAGACCUAGAUUAAACCUCUGACAAUGAAGCCUGUUACUGCCUAUCCUUCUGGGAUUAUCCUAUUCCUGUUUGCGUUGCUGCAGAGAAGCCAUGGACAAUGCAAAGAAGCAGCUAAAAAAUCAGAGAUGAACUUGAGUGUAAAAUAUGAUCUUCCUAACUUCGUCACAGAGACACCAAUUCAGAAUGUAGUUUUAUACAAGCAUCAUGUUUAUAUUGGAGCCAUCAACAAGAUUUAUGUACUAAAUGAAACUCUCCAGAACAUUUCUGUGUACAAGACUGGGCCCGUUUUGGAGAAUCCUGACUGCACACCAUGUGAGGACUGCAAAGAUAAAGCCAAUUUAUCUAGCAGUGUAUGGAAGGAUAACGUCAACAUGGCACUGCUCUUAGAAACCUAUUACGAUGAUCAGCUCAUCAGCUGUGGUAGCGUGUCCGGAGGCAUCUGUCACCGUCACAUCAUUCCCCCUGACAACCCCGCUGACAUAGAAAGCGAGGUGCACUGUAUGUAUUCACCACAGGUGGACGGAGAACCAGAUAAUUGUCCUGAUUGUGUUGUAAGCACGUUAGGAACCAAAGUUCUGGUGACUGAAAAGGACAGGUUUGUCAACUUCUUUGUUGGAAACACUGUGACAUCUGCAUUUCAACCCCCCCAUGUACUGCAUUCAAUAUCAGUUAGAAGGUUAAAAGAAACACAGGAUGGGUUUGAAUUUCUGACAGAUCAGUCUUACAUAGACAUACUCCCUCAGUUCCGCGACUCGUAUCCCAUUAGGUAUGUCCAUGCCUUUGAAAAUGACCACUUUGUCUAUUUUCUGACUGUCCAGAGAGAAUCUCUCGACUCCCAGGCUUUCCACACUAGAAUUAUCCGCUUCUGCACUUUAGAUUCAGAGAUGCGUUCUUACAUGGAAAUGCCUCUUGAGUGUAUUUUUACCGAAAAGCGGAGGAAGAGGUCUAUUCGAAAGGAGGUAUUCAAUAUUUUGCAAGCUGCAUAUGUAAGCAAGCCAGGUGCAGCUCUAGCCCAUGAAAUGGGCCUUGGGUUGAACGACGAUAUUCUCUAUGGCGUUUUUGCACAAAGUAAACCUGAUUCCUCAGAACCAACAAACAGGUCUGCUGUCUGUGCUGUCUCCGUGAGAACAAUCAACGAGUUCUUCAACAAAAUUGUCGACAAGCAGAACAUGAAAUGUCUCCAACACUUUUAUGGGAAAGACAGCAAAUACUGCUUGAACAGGGCUUUUUCAAGAAAUGCUUCAUACUGCAGAGCACAAGAUGAUGAAUAUCGCUUAGAAGUUACAACUCCUUUGCAGAGGGUUGACUUGUUCAUGGGCCAGUUCAACAACGUCCUGUUAACUUCAAUAUCUGUCUUCACCAAAGGGAACCUUACCGUUGCUAAUCUGGGAACUUCGGAGGGACGCUUCAUGCAGAUCGUGGUCUCCCGUUCAGAGCCCACAGCUCCACAUGUCAGCUUUCAGCUGGACUCCCACCCCGUCUCUCCUCAGGUUGUUGUUGAGAACUCAGUAGCAGCAGAUGGCUAUACCUUGGUAGUGACUGGAAAAAAGAUAACCAAGGUGCCCCUGAACGGGCCAGGCUGCCACCAUUUCCAGUCCUGCAGCCAGUGCCUGCUGGCGCCUGCCUUCAUGCAGUGUGGCUGGUGCGGCGAGCGCUGCCUGAGGUCUCCGGAGUGUGCUGGAGGGACCUGGACCCAGGAGACCUGCUUGCCAAGAGUCUAUGAGAUUCUCCCGAGCAGUGCUCCCUUAGAAGGCGGGACAAAGCUGACACUGUGUGGAUGGGACUUUGGAUUCAGCAAAAAUAAUAGAUUUGAAUUAAAAAAUACAGUAGUCCAUAUUGGAGGACAAAUUUGUGCUCUGGAAGCAAAAUCUAGCAACAAAAACAAGCUGGAAUGCACAGUUCCUGCUGCAAAAAAUGCAAGUUUUAAUAUAUCCAGUAGUGUGUCCGUUGGACAUGGAAAAACAUUAUUCAAUACAUUUUCUUACGUGAAUCCUAUCAUAACAAGUAUCUCUCCCACCUAUGGCCCCAAAUCUGGAGGAACGUUACUAACAGUGGCUGGCAAAUACCUAAACAGUGGAAAAUCCAGAAAGAUUUUUGUUGGUGAGAAACCAUGCAUCUUGAAAAGCAUAUCAGCAAGCACCGUGGAGUGCUACACUCCAGCACAACGAAUCCCCCAGGACUACCGCGUGAGGGUGGGGAUCGACGAAGCUAGCCGAGACGCGAAAGGUCAUUUCACCUACAGAGAAGACCCCGUUGUUUUAAACAUUCAUCCAGCCAAAUCUUUUCUUAGUGGUGGAAGUACAAUCACAGCUCAGGGAAUCAACUUGAACUCAGUGUGCUUUCCUCAGAUGGUGAUUACUGUACCUAAACUGGGAAUGAACUUCUCUGUGGCAUGUAGCCACCGCUCUAGCUCAGAGAUAAUCUGCUGCACAACUCCUUCCCUGAAAGCCUUCAACCUUCAACCACCCUUCGUAACCAAAGUGUUUUUUAUUUUUGAUGGUGUCAGCUCUUUGUACUUUGAUUUUGAUUAUGUAAAUAAUCCUGUAUUUAAGCAUUUUGAAAAGCCAUUGUUCAUAUCAAGAGGCAACCCAAAUGUUCUGGAAAUUAAGGGAAAUUAUAUUGAUUCAGAAGCUGUUAAAGGAGAGGUGCUAAAAGUUGGAAAUAAAAGCUGCGAAAACCUCCUCCUGCAGUCAGAAUCAAUUCUAUGUACGGUUCCAAGUGAUCUCCUGAAAUCCAACAGUGAGCUAAAUAUAGAGUGGAAGCAAGAAGUUUUGUCAACAGUUAUUGGAAAAGUGCUCAUCAAGCAAGAUCAGAAUUUCACAGGACUAAUUGCUGGAGUUGUUUCAACAUCAGUUUUAAUUUUUAUCAUUUUGGUAUUUUUUUUCUGGAGAAGGAAGAACAAACAAAUUAAAGAUCUGGGAAGCGAUCUAGUGCGCUAUGAUGGCAGAGUUCACACUCCUCAUCUGGACAGGCUGGUGAGCGCAAGGAGUGUAAGUCCAACAACGGAAAUGGUCUCAAGUGAAUCUGUAGAUUACAGAUCAACUUUUCUGGAAGAUCAGUUUCCAAGCAUGUCUCAGAAUGGAUCGUGCAGACCUGCCCAGUAUCCUCACUCUGACCUCUCCCCAAUUCUGUCCAGUGGGGAUUCAGAUUUAGCCAGUCCACUUCUUCAAACCAACGUCCACAUUGAUAUCAGUGCCUUAAAUCCUGACCUGGUCAAAGAAGUCCAGCAUGUGGUUAUUGGUGCUGACAGCCUGAUCGUGCAUUUCAGUGAAGUAAUAGGAAGAGGACAUUUUGGGUGUGUGUACCAUGGGACGUUGCUGGAUAACGAUGGCAGGAAAAUUCACUGUGCUGUGAAGUCACUGAAUAGGAUUACAGACCUGGAAGAAGUAGCUCAGUUUCUGAAAGAAGGAAUAAUCAUGAAAGAUUUCACUCAUCCCAAUGUUCUGUCGCUCCUGGGAAUCUGUUUGCCUAAUGAAGGAUCCCCCUUAGUCGUCCUUCCAUACAUGAAACACGGAGACCUUCGAAACUUCAUUAGGAACGAGACUCAUAACCCAACGGUAAAAGAUUUAAUUGGAUUUGGCCUUCAGGUUGCAAAAGGGAUGAAAUACCUUGCAAGCAAAAAGUUUGUGCACAGAGACUUGGCAGCAAGAAACUGUAUGUUGGAUGAAAAAUUCACUGUCAAGGUUGCUGAUUUUGGUCUUGCUAGAGAUGUCUAUGAUAAAGAAUACUACAGUGUGCACAAUAAAACAGGAGCUAAACUGCCAGUGAAAUGGAUGGCUUUAGAAAGUUUACAAACUCAGAAGUUCACAACAAAGUCAGAUGUGUGGUCCUUUGGGGUGUUGUUAUGGGAACUUAUGACAAGAGGGGCACCACCUUAUCCUGAUGUAAAUUCUUUCGAUAUAACUGUUUACUUAUUGCAAGGAAGAAGGCUGCUACAACCUGAAUACUGCCCUGAUCCACUGUAUGAAGUCAUGCUGAAGUGUUGGCAUCCAAAACCUGAGAUGCGUCCAGCAUUUUCUGAACUUGUUUCAAAAAUAUCAACAAUCUUCUCCACUUUUAUUGGGGAACACUACGUUCAUGUCAAUGCUACUUACGUCAACGUGAAGUGCAUUGCUCCCUAUCCUUCUCUUUUAUCAUCACAAGACAAUACAGACAUGGAUGUAGACACAUGACGGGUAUGUCUAAAAUAGAGGAAAAUCAAUUCAUAGUUGUAUGAACGAAAAAAUGAAACCUUUUGUCCACAAGUUUUUACUGCCCGGUCUUUGUGAGAACACUGUUGCACAUGUUUAUGUUGUUGCCCAAGUUGCACUAGUACAAGGACGUGAUAUCGUAUUGUUUAAGGCUAUGGGAUUCUGUAAACCAUCACAGUAAUUUCCAAGUAUUUGGACAACUGCAUCAAUUUACCAAAUGGAAACAUUGUUUGCUACCAUCCAGAGCUAGUUCUCACUAGUUCUCAUUAAUGUGUGCUCGGACCCAAGAACAAAGAUUCCUCAUUAAUGCCAUGAAGAAGAAUGUAGAAUACCAAUCAGUAAGGCUGGAAGGACUAUUACUGUUGCAUGUACUUUAGGAUAAUGAGCAGUGCAGAAAUGGUUUUCACACAAAAGGCUAAGACAAACAAUGAUACUUACAAGAGUUUUAAAAUAUAUUUUCCUCCCACACAGUCCAAACUUUGGAAUUUUGCACUAUAUUAACUAGGUUUCUUAGAAGAUAAACAGCCAAUAGAGCCAGCUUCAUGGUAAAUGUCUUCAACAGCAGAAAUUAAUAUCAAAGAAUUUGUGCACAGUAAAAUAAGCAUGUCAGCCUUGCCAGUCCUCUUAUGUAGUCAGACGGUACAUAAAAUGAGCAGAAAAGCAUCUAGCUUAAAGCAUUCCUAGUGUCAACUUUAUUCCAACGUUCAACCACUUGAGCAACAGCCUAUAUUGACGGAUCACUCACUGAAAAAAAAUGCAAAGCCUCCAACUCUUUCAGUAAAGUAACUAUUCUCAGAGACUAAAAACUUGAAGACAUCCAUAUUAAAUGCCAGGAUAAUCCCUGGGAUGUAGUAACAUGGGCUGCAUUAUUCUAGAGAGGUAGAGGAGACAGGCAGGCUGGCUACUAUACGGAGCUGCUGUCUGGUGAGUCACACAGCAAAGGAGCUGAAGGUGUGCCACCUACCCUUGGGUGGAGCUGCUGCCAAAGGUGAGUAAAGAGUGGAGGUGUUGCAGCCAGCCCUGACCUAAGAAGACUGUGCCAUAGCAGGCAUGUUGAAAAUUUUUUCAUGCCAGCCCUAAGAAGCUAGAAGACUGAUUAAAAGAAGAAAACAGCUUUAGGCCCCCUAACCUCUUCUUGGAUCACACAACUGAGUGAAUUAUGAUACCUACUUUUAUUUCUACAUUUUAACAAGAGAAAGAAAAUGAAGAGAGAGAGAGUAAAUGAAACUUUCAUUCAUUAGAGGGGAGUACUAUAGCUUUAGGGCAAGCAUCACAUGUCAUUUCUGUUCCUGUGGAAUUCUGUGCAUACUACUGUAUAGCUUGUUUAGUAUAGGAUAGAACUGGGUUUGUUGGUGUAAACACAUAAAGUAUUCUAUUUUUAUAUUAAAAAAAAAAAAAGUUUAUUUUUAAUGACAUUUACAAGGUUUGGUUAGGCCACAAAAUACUGCACUGUGAACAUUUCAGAAAACGUAUGUCAACGUACAUGAUUCAUAAAUUGUAGCAACCUUAAAAUACUGUGUAAAUAUUAAAAAGGAAGAUAACUGACUGCAAACACACUCCACCCUAAGUAUAAUAUCUCUGUUGCUUCAAGCCAACCAUUUUAAGAUCUUCAAAGAGAGGUAGUGUGGAUAAAGAACUGAUAUAAGGGAGAUAUGUUGUUCUUUGGAGACAGUGUUAUAACAGAAAGAUUUAUAAUGAGGCCAGAGUGUGUAGGCAAACUACGAGCAGAUAGUAUUGUACUGUGUUUCAUCACUACUUUCAUUUCAGAAACAAACUUUCAUGUCUGCUGAGAGCAAUACUAAUUGUAGAUUGCUCAAGGACAAAAGGCUUUGCUGCAGGCAAAAAAAUCAUCUCUAUGGUUGUUAAAACAGCUAAGGAAGUUUAUGACACAUAGAUUUGGAGAAGAUACUCCAGACUUGUACAUACAUGCUUGAGGAACGCUGCAAUGUGAAACAGAGGACAUUUUUACUAUUUAUGAACUUUUGCUUAAUAAAGUUAAUGUUGUGUCUGGGACACCUGUAAGAAUACGUGAUUCUGGUUAAGAUUUGAUGUUAGUAAGUUCAUGUAUCUGCAGAAGAGCUGAAUGGUACUUAUGUUCAUAGUUGUUGUUAUGACCUAAUAAACAAGUUAUUAAAAUGAAUUAUUGUAAUACUUUA